GAGGAUACUGACGGGGCGCAGAACCUCGAGUAUGAGGUCACUUUGGUUACAGCAACAGCCUCUCGGACAGCAUGAACUACCUGACAGUGCCCACCGCGCACGUGCUCCGCUCUCGUCAUGACACUGACACGCAGAGUGAGCCGUGUGCCUCGCUGGAACCUGUUCUUCCGUGCGAGAACACUGACGAGAAGACCGUGACCGGGGGCCUGGCCAGCGCCACCAACCUGGGCUCCCUUAUGAACCUGUGGCCUGGCAACUGGGAGUACCAAGACGAUAGGGAGACUGACGACGGAAGGCCCUUCCCUUCGGGGUCGCCGCCGCCAGACCCGAGACCGCAGGCAGCCCCGGAAUAUCUCCUGUACGAGGAAUCAUUUCAAGAGAUGUAUGGGCGGUACUCGGCCAAUUUGGCAGAGUACGCGCGCCAGGAAGCCCGACGACUCCGUGAUGACGACCACCACAAGGACGAGGUCCUCUUCUCUAAAGAACUCCAGCCUUACAGAGGAAGAGUCGCCAGAACCUGCAUAUCCUUCAUCAGACCAAUUUGGGACCACACAUUUGCCCGCUUGGGUGAGGACUGGGUGUUCCUCUUCAUCCUAGGCACACUCAUGGCAACCAUCUCCUUUCUUAUUGAUGACAUCGUCCUUAUAUGUUUUGGAGGUCGAAUGUACUUGCAAGAAAAUCUAGGCAAAAUCCACUGGGCUCUACAACUAUUUACCUGGGUUGUCAUUCCUACGCUAUUGGUGAUAUUUUCUGCUGCAUUCUGUCAGUGGAUGGCACCUUCUGCUGCUGGCUCUGGUAUUCCAGAGAUGAAAACUAUCCUCAGGGGUGUAGUGCUUAAAGAAUAUCUUACGUGGAAAACUCUACUAGCCAAGAUAGUAGGUUUGGCUGCCGUUCUAGGGUCUGGUCUGCCUCUUGGUAAAGAAGGACCGGUGAUGCACAUGGCAAGUAUAAUUGCUACAAUGCUCACAAAGAUGCUAAGAUAUAUUAAAGGAACUGUGGAGAAUGAUGCACGCUCUACUGACCUUCUCGCUGCUGCUUGCACUAUGGGUGUAGCCGUUUCCUACGCAGCUCCCAUUGGAGGUGUUCUCUUCAGCAUAGAAGUAACAACUGUAUACUUUGCUGUACGUAAUUACUGGCGUGGUUUCUUCGCUGCGGUAGUAGGAGCCAUGUUUUAUCGUCUGAUGUCCGUGUGGUUCAUGGGUGCUCAGACCAUCUUCCCGCUGUACAAAGUGGAACUUAACUACGCGUACCCGUAUGAUGUCAUUGAGCUCCUGCCCUUCCUCUGUAUUGGCAUUCUCUGUGGCUUUGCGGGAUCACUCUUUGUUUACCUCCACCGAAGAUAUGUGAUGUUCAUGCGCCACAAUAAGACACUCAAGAAUUUCUUGCAGAAAAAACGUCUGCUGUAUCCAACAUUUGUUUCUAUUGCAAUAUCCAUCAUGACUUUCCCCAUGUGCCUGGGUCAGUUCAUGGCAGCCACUAUUCCCUCAAGUAAACAGAUCCUGCACCUUUUCAGCAAUGUAACUUGGACAGUUACAAAUCCUGAAGGAAUCAUGUCAUCUGAGCAGGAGAGCAUCCUCAAGUAUUGGGUGCCUAAUGUUGAAGGGAGCUUCCAUCUCAGCCUUUUUGUCUUCCAGAUUGUAUCUGUAUUUCAAAUAGCUGUUGCUUCAACCUUACCUGUGCCUUCUGGUAUGCUGAUUCCACUAUUUAAAGUUGGAGCAGCAUUUGGUCGUCAAAUUGGAGAACUCAUGGCUUCGCUCUACCCAUUGGGCAUUAAACCAGGUUUUCCCAUUGUGCCAGGUGCGUAUGCUAUGGUGGGCGCAGCAUCCUUUUGUGCAGCGAUCACUCACACCAUUUCUAUUUCUGUGAUUGUCUUCGAACUCACUGGACAGAUCACCUACGUGAUACCCAUUAUGAUUGGAGUUUUGAUUUCAAAUUGCAUAUCAUCACUACUUCAACCUUCCAUCUAUGACAGUAUGAUUCGCAUUAAGAAAUUGCCAUAUCUUCCAGAUAUAGUUGCCACAACAUCAUCGGAUGUGUAUAACAUCUAUGUGGAGGACAUCAUGGUGCGAGAUGUGAAGUACAUCUGGUAUGGCAUCACGUACACAGAACUCAAGAGAAUUCUUAAAGAAAAUCGCAAGCUCAAGUAUCUACCAUUGGUUGACAAGCAUGAUUCGAUGAUUCUUCUGGGUUCUAUUCAGAGGAUUGAAUUGGUACGCAUUCUAGUAGAACAAAUUUCCUCUGAAAAGCGACGAAAGGAAGCUACACGCAGACACUUGGAGGCUUUGAAACUCAAAUGGGAAGAGGAGGAUGCUGCAGGAGGUCCCAAGGAAAGUCGCAUCCGCUAUGAAGACGAGGUUAACGAUGGUGAUGGUGAUGACGAGCCAGGAACUGCCCAGAGCAUCAUCCAUAGGUUCUCUAGGUCACUGAGUCGCUCACUUUCUCGAUCCAGAUCCACUUCCAGGUCUCGAUCCAGGUCAAGAAGUCGACAUGGAACUCCGUCAAGUGACAGCGACGAUUCGUCCACCUCCCCACCCGGAUCACCUGCAUCCACACGCUCUAAGCGCGACUCUGACGGGGUGACACCUCCUGGUUCCCCUGCAGCGAACAGUCUUAAAGAAUUUACCACCUCCAAGUCUCCUUUGGCUCGCAAGCCUUCCAGGUUCUCUGUGAGGAAGGUUGAGAAUGGCAGUAUCAAAACUGGUGAAGAUGGGAAAGAGAGUAGCGACACUAAAGACAAGAGCUCCAAGAAGAAAGCUGGUAAAUCGCGAAGCUCAUCAAGGUCCAAGAAAGGCUCUGCACCUGAAAAAGAUUCUGUAACUCGACUCAAAAGAAGAGCUACUUUACAGAGAUCUAACUCUCUUGAUUCUACUGCAUUUAGAUCAAUAAGUCAAGAGGAUAUCAGAGACUCUAAAAAGGCUACAGAUAUACUAUCGCCCAAGAAAGGGAUCUUGAAGCGUCGCAACUCAUUCAGUUUGGGCAUGGCAACUUCUUCAGAUGUUGCUACACCUGAAACACAUUACCAAACCAUCACUGUUGGAGACACCAGACUUCGCUCCGCUUUUGAGAAAGUACGACGAAUGAGGAUGGAGACUGCAAGCUCCAUGGAAUUAAAACUAUCUCAACUUUCUUUGUUCAAGUCCAAGAAGAAGGAUCAGAAUGCUAAAAAGCCGCAGCUGGAUUUGUCAGAUGAGGAUCGGACGGUAUGGGAGAUGAUGGAACUAGCGAAGGAGGUGGACUUUAGUAAAUGCCACAUAGACCCUGCUCCAUUCCAAUUGGUUGAAAGAACAUCGCUCUUGCGUGUCCACUCGAUGUUUUCUAUGCUGGGGAUCAACCAUGCAUAUGUCACUGCUAUUGGAAGACUCAUAGGAGUUUUGGCUUUAAAGGAGGUUCGAAUGGCAAUUGAUGGACAAUAUGUUGGCCAGCCCCAGAGUACAACCCCACAAGUCAGUUUGCCCAACACGCCCACAUCCCCGAUGCGAUCUGCAAUUGGGCCAAGCACGUCGCCUCAGAGACUAGGAACCCUUAGUGCUGUACAGUUUUCUGACCCUGAAGCAGGAACCAUUUCCAAUAGAGGUUCUAGAGCUCAGCUGAUUAAUUAUCCAAAUGGACACUCGUACAGCUGAGAAAGCAAGAAUUUAGUGCAUUCAGUGAAUUUUUAAUAAUUUUUAAAUAACCCCUGUGAUCUGUGAUCUUACCUGUGGACAGUGGUUGUUUUUAUACCAGUUGAUAUCUUAUACAGUUAGUAUCUGAUAGUUAUUCCUUUGAAGGUAGGUAUCAAAAGAUAUUGUUGAAUAUGUAUAUUGUAAUUUUACCAAAGUUGAGGACAUUCCAGUAUUAUAUUGAAUUGAUUCUCAAAAUGAGAAUUUGACAGUAUCCCAUUAUACAGUGCAUGUCUAGGGUAUUUUAUUUUUUUAUUAUUAAAGAAUUUUAAUUUUUUUUUUUUUUACGUCUAAUUUUAAACCAGUCAUCUUCCACCUACCAAACACUCACCCCCAGAUCUCAAAACAAAUAAAAUAUAAAAAAAUAUGUAAAAAAAAAAUGCAGUUACUGUGUAAUAUUUACCAUGUUACGAUGAGCACAUGAUACUUGCUGGGUGUAUGUAGGAUAGUUUCAAGAAAUAGUUUAGUUUUUACCAAGCAGUAAUGCAAAUUCCUCUGCCCCAGACAUGUGCCUCUUACACCCAUUUAUGCAACCUUGCUAGGUAUUUUUGUGCUGCAAGUACUUGCCUAUUGUUACAAUUUUGUAUACAUAGCUUUUAUACUCUUUACAUAUCAUUUUAAUUGGUAUGUUAAACUAAAGUUAUUGUCUUAGUUUUCCCUGUGAAAAAUAAUGUAUAGCCAUCAAGAUUAUAUUUAUAAACUUGGAAAAAAAAAAUGAAUAGCCUUCUAACUUUUACAAUCACGUACAGUACUUGAAACCUGUAACUAAUUGAUUAUUGGUGAAAUUUCAUAUGGAAGUCAAACUGCAUUUUUUUAGGCUAUUGGUGGAGGAAAGCUUUCUGUGAUAAAGACUAUCAGAGCAUUCAGUAUGCAAUAUUUCUGUGACGUAGAAGUGGUAGACCAAUAGUGGUACCAAUAUUUUAUUUGCUACUCUUAAUUGUCAAGCAAUUGCAAUAAUUUAUUUAUAGCCUUGUAAUGUGCUAUUACUAACAAAAUUGCUAGUUUACAAUAUUUUCUUUGAACAGUAUUUUGAUAUGGUAAAUUUUAUGAAUUUUAGUGACAGCCAUUCGCACAAAUAUAUUUUAAUUGUUUAGCCAUAAGGUGAUGUAGUACAGUAUUGCAUUUUAUGUUCAUCUAUUCAUGUGUAAAUUAUAUUCCUCAGUGCAGAGUGACAUGUAAUUUUUUGUUCUACAAUGAGACUAAGCUCAGUGUAUUGAAGUGUGUAUGUAUUUAUAUAUAUACAUGUACUGUAUGUUUAUACAGUAUAUAAAUAUAUAUAUAUAAAUACAGUAUACUGUAAAUGUAAAAUAAAAUCUAUUAUUUCUAACUACAUGUGAAUCUCAAGUUUGUUAUUACAUGUGUAUUGUAUUAAAGAGCAUUUGAUUUUCC